CGACUUCCUUCCACUCAUUACCAAUCAAGCAGAUCAGACAUGGAAGCAAGUUUGCUAUACUCGUGCCUCACUAUUGUCUUUCUCGUCAUUGCUUUUACCUUCUUCUCCAGCAAAAAAUCUCAUCGCCCACGAAACCUGCCUCCGAGCCCUCCGGGUCUUCCAGUCAUCGGUCACCUCCACCUCGUGAAGAAGCCCUUGCAUCGAUUCCUCCAGGAACUCGCCCAAAAACUCGGACCGGUCUUCUCCCUCCGGUUCGGCUCCCACUUAGUGGUUGUUGUGUCCACGUCGGCAGCCGUGGAGGAAUGUUUCACUAAAAACGACGUAGUCCUGGCCAACCGCCCUCGCUUUUUAAGCGGCAAGUACUUCGGCUACAACUAUACUGACGUCUCGGCGAGCCCCUACGGCGACCAUUGGCGCAACCUCCGGCGAAUCAUGGCGGUGGAACUCUUCUCCCCGAGGCAGCUCAGUUCGUCCUUUUCCAUUCGUCGAGAAGAAAUUAAACUUCUACUUCAAGGCCUGCACAAGAUCUCCUCUGCCGAAUUCGCGAACAUUGAGCUCAAAUCGAAGUUUUGGGGGCUCAAUUUUAACAUCGUCAUGAGAAUACUCGUCGGGAAGCGUUACUACGGCGACGAAUUCGACAACGACGAGAAGGCCAAGGAGUUCCAGGAGCUGGUGAGAGAAUUAUUCUCCGCCAGCCUCUUCUCGGGACUGAACGAUUAUUUGCCGAUUCUGCGGUGGAUCGAUUACGCGAAUUUCGAGAAGACUAUGGCUAGAAUUCACGGGAAGACAGAUCGGUUUUUGCAGGGUUUGAUAGAUGAGCACCGGCGCGAUAAGAGCAACAAUUCCAUGAUUGAUCGUCUGCUUUCCUUGCAGCAAUUAGAGCCAGAGUUCUACACUGAUGAAACUAUCAGAGCAUUUAUCAUGAUCAUGGUCCUUGCGGGUCCUCACACUACGGCAGUGGCAAUGGAAUGGACGAUGGCCCUUUUAGUUAACCAUCCAGAGGUGUUGAAGAAGGCAAAAGCCGAGAUUGAUGCUCAUGUCGGCCAAGAACGCUUGAUCGAUGAAUCUGAUUUGUCUAAAUUGAAUUACCUUCGUGCUGUCAUCUUGGAGAGCUUUCGAUUAUAUCCAUCGGUACCGUUGUUACUUCCACAUAUGUCAUCAGAAAGUUGCACAAUCAGAGGAUUUAAUGUGCCACCUAGCACGAUUGUAUUUGUGAAUACAUGGGCUGUUCAUAGGGACCCCAAGAUUUGGAAUGACCCCAACAACUUUAGACCUGAGAGGUUUGAAGGUGGAGCUGUGGAAGUGCACAAGUUAUUGCCCUUUGGAAUGGGAAGAAGGGCCUGUCCAGGGGUCGGGCUGGCCCAACGAAUCAUGGGCCUAAGUCUGGGCUCAUUGAUCCAAUGUUUUGAGUGGAAAAGGGUGGGCGAGGAGCUUGUUGACUUGGCAGGAGAGGAGGGGAUAACUGUGCCCAAGGUUGUGCCUUUGGAAGUCAAGUGUAAAGCACAAAACAUCAUGGACAAUAUUGUAAAUUGA